AUGUGGACAAAGUUGAAUGUUAACUGGUUUGGUGUAAAGGCUGACAACCUCUCAACGGCCAUUCUCGCCGACAAAGCUGACGCCUGCCCGUAAGCGGCCCCUAUAGCCCGUACGAAAAUGGAUAUGGUUUCCCUGAUUCUCACCAUGACCUUUUUUCGACAUAACCGGUGGAGAAAUUAGUUGACUGUGUUUUCUCCCACGCAUUAACUUGUGCAUUCUACUAGUUCUUUCGAACAGGUUCUUCCUCGCCCGUCAUUGGUUGUCAACUGCAAAUCCAGUCUGCAAAUUGGCCUCUGCAUGCUUCAUAAUUUGCGAUUUUAUACUAGCCUACAACUUACUUCGGACGGUAAAACGGGGAGUUCCCUCGGUACACUGAAGGCCAAUUCUUUCGUCUUGGACUUCCGUUCAAACUUGCCGUGAGUUUACUUUGCCGAAUUUUUUGCUCAAAAACUGGUGUGCCUGUGUAUUUAUGCACUGUGACAGUAGCUGGGGUCGGAUUUAGUCCGUCCGUAUGUUUUGUGUCGAGAAGGUAGACAGGAGUUGUUCCCAAAAGACGCAAUGAAUAGCCUACUUUGUUCUUGCUGAUUCCUGCUAAGUCAUAUCCCUGUUCUCGUUUCAACUUUUUCGUUCGCGGUCGGAUUGAUUCAAACCCUCUUUGCUGGGAACCGACUGUCCAGAUUUGUUGCUACUGGACAGGCGUUAGCUGAUUCGACAUGGCCGGAGAUGCGUCCUAUAGGCCAUAUGUAGGGCACCUAUCCAGGACGCUGUCCGUUUCUAUGGCAUUAGGCAUCUGUCCGGUCUUCAUGGAGUUUGUAGUCUUGAUGAAGCGUAUUGUCCUGUUAACUUACGCUCGUUGCUGCCGUUACAUUGACCCGUUUUUACUUCUUUUAAUCGUUUGCAGGUUUUUUGUGAACUUGGGGAGGACCGCCUCACAGAAGGGCGGUUACGCAGCCGCGACCUCCAAUGUCAGUCGGGGAGCUGAAAUCUCCAAUCUGGCACCGCGCGACCGUCAUGUCUGAAACGGACUGACAUUCUGUGUAGCGGCAUUGUCCUACGGAUGGCUGCCGCACCUCUACCCAAACGACUCUAUCCUGUCGGCACUCCCGUAGUGAUAGAGGAAAGAGUCACAAGAAUAGUUUUGAGCCUUCGCCUACAAUACCCGGAAAUCAGCCCUCAAGUACUGAAGAGACCGCUUCUUGCAGGGCCAAUGGGAAGUGACGAGAAGGCGAACUGAGCACCCAACUACGUCCAUGUUUUCAACGGGUUUUUAAAAUCAGUUAGCUUCCUUUGGCGGACUUUGUGGAUUGCCUCACUCUCCAGAACAACUUUCAACACGCAGCCAUAACCCAUCUCUGAACUCCAUCCUCUGGGUAGGUUUUUCUCGGGUCUACUCUAUACUUUCUAGGGCUCUGGUCGUUGUUCUUUACCUACUGUCACAUUCAGGGCUCCACUGGCAUUUCCGUUUUUUUUCAAUUUUAGCCCCUUGAAGUCUUCUUCAGGAUGCAAUUGCAAGAUUGA